UUCGUCGUCGAGAAGAUCAUCGGCCACCGCUUCAACAAGGGCGUGCUGGAGUUCGACGUCAAGUGGCAGGGCUACGAGGACCCGCGUGACCGCACCUGGGAGCCCGAGGAGAACAUGGAGACGGCCGCCGACGUGCUGAACGAGUACUUUGACGACAUUGGCGGCCGCCCCGCGAAGCCCGCAAAGGGCACCAAGCGCAAGGGCCCCGCCGCCGCGGCGAGCGAGACGGGCACCCCCGCGAGCGCCUCGAAGCGCUCCAGAAAGGCCGCCGAGCCCGCCGAGCAGCCGUGGAGCCCGCCGCCGGGCAGCUGGGAGCACGACGUGAGCCACAUUGACACGGUCGAGCAGUGCAUCGACCCCAAGACGGGCAAGGACGCCAAGUACGCCUACAUUGUGUGGAACAACCAGAAGAAGACGCAGCACCCGCUGAAGCACAUGUACACAAAGUGCCCGCAGAAGAUGCUGCAGUACUACGAGUCCCACCUCGUCUUCUCCACACACGACGCAAGCGGCGACGCCAUGGACAAGGCGUAG